CCCCCCCGCGGGGGGCACCGCGGCAUGUCCGCGGCGCAGGUGUCGGCGGCGCCCGCCGAGCAGCAAGCCUGGGGCGCGGAGAGCGGCGGCGGCCCGGCCCCGGCCCGGCCGCGGGAGCCCGGCUCGCCCCACGGCAAGGAGGCCGCGGAGGAGAGGCGGCGGUGGCUGGUGGUGGAAGCUCCGCCGCCGAAGGAAAACCCUUGGACGCGGCGCAGACCCGCUCGGGACGACCCGUCGCCGCCCGCGGCCGACGGCCAGCUCAUCCCGCAGGACCCAGAAUUGCAGAAUUCCACUAAAGUUAUAAAAGCGGGGAAACCUAAGACCAGGAAAUGCAGCAAGGCUGGUGAUUUCAAUGAUAUCACAAACUGGCCAACACCAAGUGAAAUAGCAAACAAUGAAAGUAAGACCAUAAACCACAAUAAGAAGCCAAUAAACAGAAAAGAAAAGGAGGAGAAAUCUGAUAAAAAAAGCAAUAAUGAGAUCAAAGACAACCUGGAGGCAAAGCCAGAUGGUCCAGGAGACAGUAUUAGUGAAGAUGAAGCUCAAACUAAUAACCAAAGGAAAAAAGGUAACAAGCAGAAAUGGGUGCCACUUCAUUUGGAUGAUGUAAAGCCAGAUAGUCAAGAAAGACCAGGCUCUCGAACUAGCUCAAGAUCUCACCUAGAAACAAGCAAGUUAAUAAUAUCUCAUAACAACAGACGUAAUGAGAUGAGAAAUUGGCGUCGUGAUAGAGACAAGAGAGAUGAUCAUGAUGAAGUGUGCAGUGUGAGAAGCGAGGGUGGCAGUGUUCGAGGAUUCUCCAGAGGCCGAGGACGAGGACGAGGCCGGGGCCGAGGACGAGGCAGAGGAAACCCUAGAAUAAACUUUGAAUAUUCAGUUGGUUAUCAGGAACUAUAUGGUGAAAGAACUGACCAACCAUUUCAACCUGAAGUUAACACUACUAUGAUGUAUUACUAUGAUGAUGGAACAGGAGUGCAGAUGUAUUCUGUGGAUGAAGCACUUCUCAAAGAAUACAUUAAACGCCAAAUUGAGUACUAUUUUAGCACAGAAAAUUUGGAAAGAGACUUCUUUCUGAGGAGAAAGAUGGACCAACAAGGAUUUUUACCCAUUUCAUUGAUUGCUGGCUUCCAUCGGGUGCAAGCUUUGACUACAAAUGCUACGCUCAUUUUGGAGGCCCUACAGGAUAGUACAGAAGUCGAAAUUGUGGAACAGAAGAUAAGGAGAAGGGUUGAUCCAGAAAAAUGGCCAAUUCCAGGGCCGCCUCCACGUAAUCUGCCACGGACUGACUUUUCUCAGCUCAUCAAUUGCCCAGAAUUUGUACCAGGCCAAGCUUUUGGCUCGCUUACUGAAUCUGCACCAAGUUCUCCAAGAAUGAGAAGCCCACUGAGUCCAAAGGAAAAUACUGACACAAGUAAUUUUCAGACAAUGUCUAAAGGAUUGUCGACCAGUUUGCCUGAUCUAGACUCUGAACCUUGGAUAGAAGUGAAAAAGAGGCAUCGUCCUUCCACGGUCAAACCAAAGGAAUGUGUUCCUACACCUGAUCAAACAUCAAAUCAACAGCAGCCCCCUCCACCUUUAGAAGAACAAGAACAAGAGGAACUUGAUUUUUUGUUUGAUGAAGAGAUGGAACAAAUUCAAGGUCGUAAGAAUAAAUUUACUGAUUGGUCAGACAGCGAUUCAGAUUAUGAAAUUGAUGAUCAGGACAUAAACAAGAUUUUGAUUGUAACACAGACACCACCAUAUAUGAGAAAACAUCCUGGUGGCGAUCGUACUGGCAACCAUGUAUCCCGUGCAAAAAUUACAUCAGAACUUGCUAAAGUUAUUAAUGAUGGUUUGUACUAUUAUGAACAGGAUUUGUGGAUGGAGCAGAGUGAAAAUGAUGCUACUAUGAAGCAAGAGAUUGAAAACUUUAAGAAAUUAAAUCUCAUUAGUAAGGAAGAAUUUGAUAAUCUUGCACCUGAGCCAAUUGCUGAUCCAACCCAAGAAGUUCCUUCAGUGCCCUCAAAGUUACAGAAAGAUUUAAAAGAUGAGCAGACUUUUAAACUGGUUGGUGGUGCAGAAGUACCUCCAACAGCACCAUUGGCUCGAUCACUACCAACAGCAGUACCAGAUUCUCCCCAUGUUCACCCCGCAUUCAUCCCACGGACACCUCGCACCCCCCGGUUACAGGAUCCCAGCAAAACACCAAGGUUCUACCCUGUUGUUAAAGAGGCAAGAUCCAUUGACGUAAAGACUCCAAGAAAAAGAAAAACACGACACAGUACAAACCCACCAUUAGAAUGUCAUGUUGGUUGGGUGAUGGAUUCCAGAGACCACAGGCCAAGAACUUCCUCUGUGAGUUCCAGUGCUUCGCCUUCAGAAGUAGCUCCGUUAACAGGAGGUUACGAGUGUACCCCCAAUUCUCUUCCAAAGUUUCAGCAUCCUUCCCAUGAACUGUUAAAAGAAAAUGGCUUUACACAACAGGUGUACCACAAAUAUCAUCGAAGAUGUCUAAUGGAGAGGAAACGGUUGGGAAUUGGCCAGUCCCAGGAAAUGAACACACUUUUUCGUUUCUGGUCCUUUUUUCUCAGAGAUCACUUUAACAAGAAGAUGUAUGAUGAAUUCAGACAGCUCGCUCUGGAUGAUGCAAAAGAACACUACAGGUAUGGAUUGGAAUGCUUGUUUAGAUUUUACAGCUAUGGCCUAGAAAAGAAAUUCAGGCAAGAAAUCUUCAAGGACUUCCAAGAAGAAACAAAGAGGGACUAUGAAGCUGGUCAGCUAUAUGGACUAGAAAAAUUUUGGGCUUAUCUAAAGUACUCUCAAUACAAGACUCCAGCCAUUGAUCCCAAACUACAAGAAUACCUUAAUAAAUUCAAAAAACUGGAGGACUUCAGAGUUGACCCUCCUAUUAGUGAAGAAUGUGGCAGAAAGAGACCCCCUGCUGCAACAGGUGAGGAUGUGGGUCGUCGCAGACAUCGGUCGAAUUCGUCUUCUAAAACGCUUCUGGCAGCUAAACCCACGGCUGCCUAUCAGUCCCACGUGCUGGGAAGUGUCACCUGCGGGAACACUCUACAGCCUGUUGUCGGCCUAGGCCAGAACAACCUUGCCACGAAAUCAAUAGAAAGUGACAUACCAGAGAAAUAGACUGAAGACAAGCUGGUGCCCUUGCGAAUCAACUUUUGCAUCAUUAUUUUAACAUGGAGAUCUUCAAGGGGCACCAAACUAUAUGCGAUUAAAAAUGUCUGGGAAGACAAAGGGAUUGCAUUUUUCUCUUUCACAAGAUUAAGUUCCAAAACACUUACCUUGGGAGGGCUGUUCUUGAUUUUGGGAUCAUCAGAAGGAUCCUAGGGAAUAUUCUUUGGCUUCAGUGUUGCUUUCCUCAAGCUUCUGUUUACAAAAACUGCAUUCCGUACAUAUGCAAAAAAUACUUUGGGGAUGCCUUACCUUUCAGCUCAUGUUUCUUAAGAAAGGUAUGAUACAUUCAUGUUAUUUACUGUGCUUUCUUUUUCAGAUUUUUCCCAUUAUUUGUAUUUUAUCAGAGCCAAAAAGGUUAUAUAAUUUUGAAUGUAAAGAAAGGAUCCAUGUGAUUGGUUUGCUUCUGAAUAAGUAACUUUAAAAAGUAUGUAUCUUUUGUGUGAAAGCAUACAAGAACGUGCAGCUAUAUAAAACUGCAUUUCUGGAUUCUAUUUAAAGACAUAGUUUAUAUAUAUAUUUUUUUUUUCAGGGCCUCCAUAGUUAGUGUAUGGAGUUUGGACAUAAAUGGGAUAAUUUUACAGACACUUCCUUCAGUGAUGGUUCUUAAUAGGAAUGUAAGCAACAGUAGAAUACAGAGGAAAAUGGAUCUGUUGAUUGCAUACCCUUGAAUUAACAUACAGUAUCUGCAGUUUGUGCAGGUUGUUAGAACAGCAAACAAUAUUCAAAAUACUUUCAGUUUGAGAGGUUUUUUGAUUUGAAUUUUUAUGGUUGUAAAGUGCUCUAACAGGAGAGAUAUAACUUCUUAAAAGAUUUUUUCCCCCUAUGUUGACUAAUAAAAUUUAGUUUGAAGGGAAACAAACUAUUCCUUUUAAACUUGUAUUUUUUGCUUUAUUUUGCAAUAUUUGAAUGAUGUUCUACUUUUAAAUUGCUCUAAGAGUAAAUAAUUUUAAACAGAUCUAGAAGUAGUUUCACUGAAUGUAGUUAUUGAAUACAAAUUUAUUUCUGUAGCUGAAAAAUAGGUAUGUUUGUACCUUGCACUUUCUUACUAACUUUGAUUUAGAAAACUCAAAAGAACUGAGCGCAUAAUUAUCUCUUCCAAAGGUAGGUAAGAAUAAUGUCAGCUUUUUGUUAUUGCAAAUAACAGAAGGCAGAAAAGCCUUCAGUUAACUGUAAAGUUAACUUAUUAGAAGUUAUGUCUAACACCAAUGCCUUAAUCCUCAAAGGUGUCCUAACUGACUGAACAUCCAUAUACGGAGUUCUGAAUUUUUAUCAGAUUUCAGAAGUUGUUAUAAAUCAAGUCCAUUAAUUCUUUAGUCAUUGUCUUGUGAAUCUCAAUGGAACAAAUUAUGAAUGUUUGCGUUGUAGGUGAACAUGUAUUAGCAGUGGCCUUCCCAGUUAGUACAGUUUCAAUUAAAAAAAAAAAAAAGCCUUUUACAAGUGGCCUAUUCAAACAGAAAAUGAACUAGCACAUAUAAAUGUUUUAAGUAGCAUCUUUUAAAGGUGCUGAAGUCAAGCAUCUCAAUUCUGUAUUUGAUCCAUGCUCUUACUAUCCAAGAAAAUGAUGCAAAUGUAAAUUUGGAUUGAAACUGUAUAUAGAAGUGAUAGACCUAACAUAUUUCCUUUCACUUUUUCAUUGAAACGUGUGCAUAUUUAGCUUUGUGUGUGUGUGUAAUUUU